UACUACUAUAAUACUACUAACAAGUUGUAAUUACACCAGUAAAGUGAAACGCAUUAAUAAUAAUUAUCAAAAAUACCGAAAAUACCCCUAAAUUCUGUACUCAGUCUACUUCAGUCUCUCUUCUCUUCUCUCACUGACCCUUCCAUUGCCCUAAUUUUUAGUGUUUAGUGUUGGUCGUCCUCUUGGAGAUUGGCCUCUGUAGGAGCGAGCGAGCGAGCGAUCGUAGUGUAUAUUUCUCUCAGGAGAGAAGAUGGAUCUGUUGAGCAGUUUACCAGACGAGGUUCGUUGUCACAUACUGUCCUUCCUCACCACAAAGGAGGCAGCUUUAACCUCUGUUCUCUCUAAGAAGUGGGGUAACCUGUUCGCGCUCGUCCCUAAUCUUGACUUUAAUGACUCUGAGUUUCUUCAUCCGGAAGAGGGUAAGCGGGAAAGAGACGGUAUCCUUGAGAGCUUAAUGGGUUUUGUGGAUAUGGUAUUGGCUUUGCAGGGCAACUCUCCCAUUCGUAAACUCUCCCUCAAGUGUAAAGAUGGUGUUUGUGAAUCUCGUCUGAAUCGUUGGAUAAGUCAAGUGCUGAAUCGUGGUGUAUCGGACCUUGAUCUCACCAUUGAUUUAGGGUAUGGUUAUGACCUGCCUCAAGAGUUGUUCGUCUCUAAGACACUAGUCAAUCUGAAAUUAAAAAGUGAAUCUGGUAUCUACUGGUGGACUGGAGCUCAAGGCACUUCUUUACCAAUGCUUAAGAGUCUUGAUAUCGAUGCAGAUAAGAUCUUUUGUGAUACUAAGUUUGAGUUGCUGCUUCCUUCUUUCCCUGUGCUUGAGAGAUUGCUGUUGACAGAUAUGGAGUGGAUAGGUUCGGAUGAAACUGUGUCUAGUGCAUCAAUCAAAAGGCUAGCUAUUAACGCCACCGGCUUCAGAAGUUAUCCGAAUCCAAAGAGCAUAUCUUUUGAUACUCCGAGUCUGCUUUACUUUGGCUACUCUGAUUUAGUUGCCGAGGACUAUCCAUUAGUUAAUAUGAAAAACUUAGUCAGUGCUCGUAUCAUACUUGCUGUAACCAACGAACAAGCCAAGCGGAUAAGAGUGCCAAAUGAUGAAUUGCUAGAGGGUGAUGUUGUUCUCAAAUUUGGCAAUGUGGUGAAGCUCAUGAAUGGCAUACAACAUGUUCAGGAACUUCACUUGUAUUUUGAUACUCUCGAGGUGCUUUCUCUGUGCUGUGAAUCGAUGCCCGUGUUCAACAACGUCAAAAGGUUAGUUAUUAAGAGUCACGAGGGCCGAGGAUGGCAAGCAAUGCCUGUUCUUCUGAGGAACUGUCCGCAUUUAGAAGUUCUAGUCUUUGAGGGUCUUGUGCACCAUGUGACAGAUAAAUGUGGGGAUGUCUGCGAUUGCAUUUAUCGGAAGGACAAAGGCCGUUCGCUCAAAUCUUGUCCGGUAAAAGAGAUAGAUAUUCAAGGGUUUAGAGGAACAAUGAAAGAGAUGCACAUGAUAGACCAUUUCCUGGAUUAUUUUUCAUCUCUGAAGGAGAUGAAGAUCUGUAUGGAUGAGAAUAGUUUUGCACAGCUCAAAAACGACCCUGAAUUGGCUUUAGUCAUCUUGGGGAUGAUAGAAGAGUUCAACGAGGUAUCUAGUUGCAAAGUCAACUUGAUGAAGAAGAUUAAACAAUGAAAGAAGGUCAUAGUUUUUUUUUGCCAAAAGUCCCCUUGGAAAAUAUUUGACAUGGGUUCAAUUUUGUGUAAUCGGCUUGAAAACCGUCUCAAACCAAACUGACCUCCUCUGAAUCUGUUUACUUUUGUGUCUUUUGUCUUUGUUCUUACCAUCUUUUGUCAGGUGAUUGUUUUAAGAGAAAUAGAUUCGCUUUCAGUUGA